UCCAUAAGUUAAGUUCAGCUAGGCCAUAAGUAUAGUUUUGACUAAUCGCACCAUUAUACGUGCUUAGCACGUAUAUCGAAACAUCGAAAAAGUCCAUACAAAAGAAAACAAAGCAAAUGUCAAAACCUGAAGGUGAAAAUGGAGCGAGCCACAAACAAUAGUUAUGUAUCUGGAACAAGUACACACUCUCCAGUGAAGUCCGAACAAUCGAAAAAUGCUAAACUAGUUUCAUCUGAUGUAGAUAUUGAAAGCACGAAACAUUUCAAUUCGUCAAAAUGGAUAAAACUGAAUGUGGGAGGGAAGGUGUAUGUAACAACAUUAUGCACAUUAGUUAGCAAAGAACCGGAUAGUAUGUUGGCACGUAUGUUCUCACAGGAUGGAAUGUUACCUAGUGAACAAGAUGAACAAGGUGCAUAUCUUAUUGAUCGCAGCCCCCACUACUUUGAACCAAUAAUCAACUACUUGCGGCAUGGCCAACUUAUUGUGGACGCUAACGUGAGUCUUGAGGGUGUUUUGGAGGAAGCCAGAUUCUUCGGCAUAUACUCGCUUAUUAAUCAAUUAGAGCCACAACUUUUGCAAAUUAAUAGAUCCAUAGACGACAUUCCACUCACACGUCGUGACGUUAUCAAAGCUUUAAUUCAGACACCUCAUGCCAGUGAGUUGCGUUUUCAAGGUGUAAAUCUAGCUGGUGCUGACUUGCGUAAACUCGAUUUUCGCAACAUAAAUUUUAAGUAUGCUUGCAUGCAAAGGUGUAAUUUAUCUCAUGCCAAUUUGACAUAUUGCUGCUUGGAACGCACCGACUUGGCAUAUGCGAACCUGGAAUGCUCGCAAUUAGUUUCAGUUAAGGGUUUGUGUGCCAAUAUGGAGGGUGCCAACUUGCGUGGUUGUAAUUUUGAGGAUCCCACCGGUGUGCGCACUAACCUAGAGGGGGUAAAUUUAAAAGGUGCUUGCUUGGAAAGUAGUAAUAUGGCUGGAAUAAAUUUGAGAGUUGCUAAUUUAAAAGAUGCCAACAUGAAGAACUGUAAUUUACGGUCUGCAGUACUCGCCGGAGCAGAUUUGGAACGUUGCAACUUGUCUGGUAGUGAUUUGCAAGAGGCAAAUUUACGAGGCGCUAAUUUAAAAGAUGCCGAACUGACUCUCAUGGUUACACCAUUACAUAUGGCUCAGGCCAUACGAUGAGGUGUAGCUACUUUGAAUGCUACAAUUCCUUACCUUAAAUUUCCUGUGAUUUAAACACUAUCGAUUUCCUGCUUGUGCUUAAUUAUGGUGUUAGGAGAAUAGCGUACAUACAUCUUUAUGUAUUGAAAGUGGCUGAGUUAACGAUCAUAACAGUGAUAGUCUGUAAUAAUAUAGAAAAUAAGACUUUCCAAUUACAAUUUAGGCUGCAUUUUUUAUUUAUUGAAACGUAUUUGUAUAAAUAAAUAGAUAAUAGUAGGGCGGAGUUGACUAAGCUUUGCAUGUAUAUAUUUAGAUUGAGAAGGGAAAACAAAUAGAAGUGGUUAUAGUUACUUACUUGAUACAUAUGAACAACUGAAAUUGAAUAACUUUUAUGACUUAAAUUUGAAAAUUACAAAUAAAAAAAAUGUAAACAAUUUCAAAUUAGUAUAAAACCAUAAGCAAUAAAAGGAUGAUAAUUUUAUUUCACCAUUUUACUUUAUUGACUUUUGAUUUACCCUGUGCUAAGAAAUAUGUUGAAUUGGCUACACUUGUCUAUACUUCCAGCGCUUUCUUUCUAACACAUGUCAUUAAGAAGCCUGUGAUUUCAUGGUUAUCUUGUUUUCGCAUUCACACUUGUGUUGAUUUUACCAUAUUAGUGAGGGGAGAUUCUAUCGAGAACUCUGCGAUUUGGUAUUUGGAAAAAAAAUUGGUGAAAAUCGUCACAGUUUCGUUCCAGCUCUGCAUCGCACAGACAAGAAAUUCUAUUUCUGCAGCUGACGUGAUAUCUCUGUCAACCCCCCCCAAAAAACAAAUUUUCUCUCGUUGAAAAGAAGAAAGUAAGCAGCCAAAAAGUCGCACGACGAGAUUUUUGUGCUAACAAUUUUCGCGUUCAUAACAUUUUGGCGAAUUUAAAUUGUCUAAAAAGUUGAAUUUUGUCACCUUCGUUGAAGUUGGAAUUAGAAAAAAAAAAUUGAAACAAGAAAAAACAUAGCAGCAACUAGCUUCCUCUGGAGUAUAGCAGCGUAAAAGGGACGUAGGUAGAAGACUCGUACAGGUACGAGUACAGUGCGUCUAGUACCGCUGGUGGGAAGAGCACAACAACAAAAUAGUAUCGAACGGGACGAGUGCCGCUACGUACGAUAGGAAAGAGGCGAAAAAACGUGGUUUUUUGGUUCGAUAGCAGCCCAGCAGAAAAUUGUCAAAUUAUAGCAAAAGAAAAUUAUUGAGUGAAUUACGCGCUCUAUAGUGUCACUAGUGAAGAAAAAUAAAGGGUGUGAUCUUCGCGAAACCGCUAAAAAUGGAGAACCAAAACAAUACCGCUACUGCUGCAGAUGCAGCCAACAAUGCAGAAAAUGGUUCAAACGCUACUCAGGAAGUG